AUGGAGUUCUUUGAAACGACAAAAAUGCUCAAGAUCAUUAACAGCACAACUAUAAUUCUUGUUCCAAAGAACAAUCAUGCAGAUGAGGUAGGAGACUAUAGACCUAUUGCGUGCUGCAACACUAUCUAUAAAAUAACCUCUAAGAUGCUGUGCAAUAGAUUAAAAGAAGUAUUACCCACAAUAAUAGCUGAGAACCAGAGUGCUUUUGUGGAAGGCAGAAGCAUUGUACAAAACAUCCUUAUCUGCCAAGACCUGGUGAAACUGUACAACAGGAAGAAGUCCACACGAAAAUGCUUGAUUAAAAUAGAUCUAAAGAAAGAAUACGACUCAGUGGAAUGGGGAUUUGUGGAAGAAAUGUUACAUGCCUUAGACUUUCCUUCCAGAUUCAUCAAAUGGACUAUGGUAUGUAUAUCUACAACUCAAUACUCAAUGGCGUUGAAUGGGGGAAUCUAUGGAUGUAUUAAUGGGAGAAGGGGAUUGCGUCAGGGAGAUCCUAUAUCACCUCUUCUAUUCGUGAUAUGUAUGGAAUAUUUUACAAGAAUCAUGCAAUGGGUAGCCACUCUUGAUGGAUUUGCUAUUCAUACGAAGUGCAAGAGUUUGAAGCUAAAUCAUUUAUGUUUUUCUGAUGAUGUAUUAAUGUUUUACAAAGGAGACUAUCAAAGUGUAUUGCUUAUGCUGAGAGGUCUACAAACAUUCUCUAAUGCAUUUGGACUUAGUAAGAAUGCUGGGAAAUCAAAUGUCUAUAGUGCAAAUAUAGAAAGUCAAUGCUUAGCUGAUAUCUGUGAGAGUGGCUACCACUGGAGAAGAGGAGAACUGGAACAAUGGCCUUGGAGCAGAGGGGUGUGGAACAGAAUGAAUAAUCCUAAGCAUAGUUUCAUUUGUUGGCUUGCAAUGCGUAGGAAACUAUUGACAAAAGACAGAACACUAAGAAUGGGGAUUACAGAAGACAGUGAAUGUAUGCUAUGUGAUGGACAAGCAGAAUCGAUUGACCAUCUAUUCUUUGAAUGCACAUUCUCUAAGAUGUGCUUAGAAGAGGUGCUUAAAUGGCUUGGGAUGAAUAUAAAGAACACGGAGGUGACAGGCAUAUGGAGAAGAAUGACCAGAGUAGCUAAAGGAAAAAUAGGAAGAUCGUUCCCAGAGGCAAUGAUAGCAGCAGUCAUAUACCACAUUUGGAGAGCCAGAAAUGAAGCAGUCUGGUUGCAGAAAGUACCAAGACCUCAAACAAUAUUGAAGCAAAUACCAUACACAUGUAAACAUAGAUGUUUGGAAGUUAUACAGAUAAAGAAGAGACAGAAAGAGAUGAGCUGGAUAGAGAGACUAUACAAAUAG